AUGUUGAGGAUGUCUAGGUCCAUAAUAACGAGGAGAUCGAUUCAUACGAUUCCGAAACUUAACAAUAUCACGCAAUUACAAACUGUAGGUAUCCCUCAGAUACUAAGUGCAAAGGGAUUCAAUAUAAUAUGGACUCAAACACAAGAUUACUUGUGUAAAAAAUUGACUAUGAAUACUAUGGGAACGGAGAUGGAAUCUAAUUAUCCGUUUCAUAUUGUUUUGAAGACAAGUAAGGAUCCUAUGAUGUCUCAUGUUUUUAAUUAUGCAUCUGGUGUACAUAAUAAUCAUUUAUUUAUUGAGAAUAUCCUCCCUUCUGCUACGGGGAAGGACAACGUACCGUCGAAGAUGUUUUUAAAUCGUGUCAAGGAAUAUUUUGACGGUAAGACCUGGGAAGAAUUGAAAGAGUUGAUGAUCCAAGAGGCAAUGACGAGAUGUUUGGGGCAAGGUUGGUUAUUCCUUGUCGAGAGAGCGAAUAAGAGGUUAGAUUUGAUGGUUUUACAAAAUAAUGGGACACCAUAUUAUUUUGGUAAGAACCAACAAUUAGAUUUAAAUAGUGCAAUUAAUUUGGAUGAAUUUAAUCAAUUGCAUGACAUGAAAAGAAGACUGAAGAAGGGGAAAGGUUCCCCUGUCGUUGAAGGCCAAGAACAUGAUAAUAAUAAGGAUUGGACUGUGCCAAUUAUAUGUGUUAAUUUAUGGGAUCAUGCAUAUUUGAAUGAUUAUGGUUUUCUAGGUAAGAAGGAUUACAUCAAGAAUGUUUUAGAUAAUUUAAAUUGGGCAGUGAUCAAUAAUCGAUUAUACUCGUGA